AGCGAGGCGGAACACAGGGAGCAGUAUCUAAACCUUAAAAAUUACCUAGAAAUAUGAUUUUUUGGACGCAUUUUUACCAUUAUGAGACUAAAAUACAUUUUUAUUUUAUUUCUAUUCUACAUUAAGAUCAGAUGGAAGGCAUAUUCUGAAAUACUUAUACAGUAUUUUUUGGCCCCUGUGAUAACAUUGUAAACAUGGAACAUGCAGCAGUCGCCUAGUUAAAUAACUUACACACUGCAACAUUGAGAGUAUCAACUGUCACCACCAACAUCAAGAUAUCAGAGUGAACAUGAGUAUCUGACAACAUUAGCCAGGAAGAGAAUGUCUGGUGAACAGCUUCAGUGUGAAUAUUAUCCAUUCAUAGUUGUGGGUGGUGGUAUUGCAGGUGUAACAUGUGCAGAAACGCUUUCACUGCUUUGUCCAGAAGAGAAAAUCCUGCUUAUAAGUGCCUCCCCUCUCAUUAAAGCAGUGUCAAAUCUAAGACAGUAUGGCAGGACACUGCAGCAGUUUGAUGUGGUGGAAAAACCGUUGUCUGUGUUACAGUUGGAUUGUCCAAACAUCCAUGUUCUAAACACUGCUGUUAAAGAAAUGGACCACGAAGAACAUAAAUUGCUUACAGUGGAUGAAAAAUGGUAUAGAUAUGGGAAACUCUGCAUAUGUACUGGAGGGAAACCAAAGGUAUUGAUGGAAGGGAACAAACAUGUACUUGGAAUCAGAGAUACAGAAAGUGUACAGGAGUUUCAGGAAAGACUUUCUAGUGCAAGAAGGGUUGUUAUUGUUGGAAAUGGUGGAAUUGCUACAGAACUUGUAUACCAAAUUAAAAAUUGUGAGGUGGUAUGGGCCAUCAAGGAUGCUUCUAUUACCAAGACCUUCGUAGAUGCAGGAGCUGCUGAGUUCUUUCUCUCUAGUUUAUCCUCUCCAGCAGAAAUGAAAGAUGAAAGUGUUUCCAAAAGAAUGAAGUAUACAUUGGAAAAGCCCAUGAUCUCUCGACUGACCCCAGAUCUGUUAGGAGGUGCCUUGGGUCCAGACUGGACUGAAGGCAGGGAAAUGCAGGGUCAGUAUGGGGAGGGCCGCAGCAUACAUGUAGAAUAUAAAGUUGAAGUAUCUAGGCUGUUAAGUCAAGAAGAGAUGAAGUCAAGUGGAAAGCAAGCCAAAAAAUCCCCCAAAAAUGAUGAGACUGGUUUAAGUGGUGAAGCUUCGUGGCCCAUAUAUGUGGAACUAACAAAUGGUCAUAUUUAUGGCUGUGAUUUUGUGGUCAGUGCUACUGGCGUAAUACCAAAUGUGUACCCCCUCAACAAAAACAAACAGUUUGUUAUUGCCUCCGAUGGUGGUCUCUCAGUCAAUGACCAUAUGAUGACCAGUUUGCAGGAUGUGUAUGCAGCAGGCGAUGUGUGCAGUGCAUCAUGGGAACCUGCACCUCAUUGGCUACAGAUGAGAUUGUGGUCUCAGGCACGCCAGAUGGGCGCCUAUGCAGCCAAGUGUAUGGAAGCACAUGCAAAGGAAGAAGAGAUACACAUGGACUUCUGCUUUGAAUUAUUUACCCAUGUAACGAAGUUUUUUAACUACAAGGUAAUUUUGCUGGGAAGGUUCAAUGCCCAAGGUCUGGGAGAUGAUUAUGAGUUACUGCUCAGAGUAACAAAAGGGCAUGAGUAUGUGAAGACAGUUAUGAAGGACGGAAGGAUGCAAGGUGCCAUAUUGAUAGGGGAGACCGAUUUGGAAGAAACUUUUGAAAACCUCAUUCUCAACCAGAUGGAUCUCAGUCAAUAUGGAGAGGAUCUGUUAAGCCCAGAUAUUGACAUUGAAGAUUACUUUGACUGAAGCAGCUGUGGAGGAAUACUGACACCACCUUCAAUUAUUCAGCUGUGCAAUUUUAUUAAAUCCUUGACUUGAAACCAAAUUUAGAUCAUAAUGGAAAUAUGAAUAAAUAACUUUUCACCUAUAUUUUCCCAUGUGCUCAAAACUGGAACCUGCCAGGCCUGUGAUAUAUACUUAUUUGCUACCAAUUACUAAUUUAUUUUGAUAUUUGACAUGUUAAAAGCCAGUUUUCCUGGACAGUAUUUACCAUGCUGCCAAAUUGAUGUGUCUAGACACAGCCUUAUCGGUAGAACUUUUUCAAAAAGCAGGUAUUUAAAUUGGUUCAGACACUCACAGUGCAGAAUAUUGCCAAUUAUAAUAUAUAUGCAAUAUAUUUAUGAAGCAUUAUGCUAGCUCUUUAAAUUUUAACCUUACAAUUUUAAAAAUAAAAUUUGUUUAGUUAAUUCUUCUUGCUUCAUCGCCAAAAUUUGGGAGUUUUGCACCCAUCUCUCAGCGGUAAAAUCGAUCAUUUUCUGACUGUUUGGAUAAUUUGUGGAUUUUUAUCAGUGUAAAAAAUCCAUUCUUGCCAGCUGUCCUUCGGGAUUUUGACGAGUUAAAAAGCUUAUUAAUGUCAUUAUGUUAUUAUUCCAUCUAACCGGAGAGCGAAAUUUACUCUCCUGUGCAAAAAAUCUUUAAUCCCCCUAUUUUUAGGCCAAGUAAAAUG